AGCGGUUCGGCGAAAAAGAAAGCAAUAAAAUAAGUACCAGUCUUUUUAAAAAUUAAUACUGGGUCGAUUCAUUCGACUUAAAGUUCAUCACGGCGUUGACCCAGCACGACUGUAGUCUAAUGACUGAAUCAAGUAAAUGGUAACCGAUAAAUAGUAUGAGACGGAAAAACUCAGCAACUUGCGGCUGUUACCACACUGCACUGAAACAAAUGCAGUUGUCUACCGUAUUGGUUAAAAGCCGAAUCAGACGGACGAGACGAGAAAAGUACAAAAUAAAUAAUAGAUAGAAAAAAAAACAAAAAAACUUCAAGACUACGAACAAACAGACUCUGUGCUCAGUCGGAACUCCAGUAAAACUAAGAAACGUAGCCACAAGUCGGCAAAGAAAUCUGGAGAGAUAGAAAAGGUAGACAAAAACCCAAACCACCCAUGUCUAUUGUGAUUAACAAUCCGAAAAACAUAUUUCAAAGAAGGCAAAAACCAGAAGAUUAUUAGGACGAAAAAUCACGGUGUGUAUAACAUUCUGACCAGUUUACAUGCUAUAACCAGUAAUAUACUGUAAGACUAUAUAUAUAGACACACACACAUACAUACAUAGAGAGGGAGAGGAGGUUUAUACAUAUAUAGGUGUGAAUAUAUACAUAUGACUUAACAAUACAAACAACGACAGCUCUUCGUUACCAGAAUGACAUUUUUCGGUGAUUCCACGUAUUUAUUCCCUGCAAUUACUGACCAAGGCCACAUAGAAGUUAUCCAACUUCUUCGGGCCAGCCGACACAUCGUCAAAUUUUUAGAAGGCUUUGGAACUACUUUCUCACCAAUUCGAUCAGAUAUUUCUGGAAACAUUGAGAAACUACAAACCAAGUAUAACACAGACCCUGUUACCUUCUCCCACAUUGAAGCGAUGUUCUUGGAUGAACAAGAGAACAAGACAACAAACUAUGCUGGUAUCAGUGGACUCUGGUUGAAGAGAGCUCUAGAAUUCAUACAUGUUUUUCUGUCUGGAUUUUUGGAAGAACACAAAGCUGGAAACACAUCUCAAUCACUACAUCCACUCAUUCAAAAAUCCUAUGAGGAAACACUUAGUCGAUACCACGGAUGGCUUGUACAGAAACUAUUUCCAAUUAUUUCAAUAGCAGCCCCAAGUCGUACAGGCCUUAUGAACAUUUUGUGUAAAGAUACCAACUUAAAUGAAGAACAGUUCAUAAAUGACCUUCAGGUUUAUCUGGACUCAUUAUCAAGCAACCUGGAAGUAUUUAAGUCUAUUUUGAUCAAGUAUAACCUGGAUAACAAUGAUAAAGUGUAACAUCAUCACAGCAGAGCACAGUGGUGGAUCAUGGUACAUUGUUUUCAGCAUGGUGCAGUGACAGUGAUGGCACAGAGCAGUGGCACAUAACUGAUUAUUGAACUACAUAUUCUGAAUAAAUUUGUAAAAUUAAGGGGGAAAAAAAACGUUCUCAUUUCUUUAAGAA